CACGUUGUCACGUCGUAAAUCCAUAGAUUCAUAACACCAAAUUCAAACGUAUGGAUAAUAUAAAAAACUAGAAUCAUGAAAAGACCCUUUGUGAUUUUUACCCUUAUUUGGCAAAUUGCUGUUCAAAAUGAUAUCAAAGGAUUUGAUGAUACCAUUAUCUACAACAUAAAUUUUCCUGGAGAAUUACUUGAAGAGGAAGAACUAACAGGAGAAGCUAUUAUAGUUACUUCUGCACAUAAGGAAAAAUAUAAGUGUAUUUUGCCCACAACUGCAGAGGAAGAGGCUGAGCUGGAAGAAAAGUAUGAUGGCCCUACAGCUCUUGAAUUACUUUCACCAUUGUUUUCACCAAACACACCAUGUUCUUUUAGACUAGAGUCCUACUGGACAUAUCAGGUCUGUCAUGGCAGGAAGAUCAGACAAUAUCAUGAAGACAGAGAAGGAAAAUCAAUGAAGUUACAAGAGUAUUUAAUUGGAAAGUGGGACAACAAUUACUAUGAGACGCUCUUGGCACGAGCCAAAGCUGAAGAACAACACAAACAUAUAGACCCUCCUGUUAAAAAAAUUGAUAACGUUAAUUUACCUUAUUAUGAAGUAAUUAUGGACAACGGCACCCAAUGUAGUUUGAACAACAACAAACCUCGCAUGACAAAAGUUCUUUAUGUUUGUUAUAUUCAUGGCAAGCACGAGAUCUAUUCUGUAGAUGAAUCACAAACUUGUGUCUAUGAAAUCAUAAUUUUAUCACCUUUGCUCUGUGCCCACCCAAGAUAUAAACCCAAGGAAUCAGGGGAGAAUCAAUUAAAUUGUGUGCCUAUAGAUGGAAGCUACAAAAUGCCCUACAGUCUGGCUAAACUUAAUUAUGAUUCAGCACAGUUAAGAAGAAGAUCAGAGUUAGAUCGAUUUAAAGUAGAACUCAUAAAAUUGGAAAAAGAUAAAGAUGAACCUGUAAGUAAUGCAGAAUCUAAACCUUUAGAUCCGGCACCUGUAGAAAACUUCUUACGAGGAAAGAAUUGCUUGCAUGGUGGAACUGGUUGGUGGAAGUUUGAGUUUUGUUAUGGAAAGUCAGUAGAGCAGUAUCACGUGGAAAAAGACGGUAAAAGAGUGUCCAUAAAUCUAGGUGUGUUUAACAAGCAAGCUCAUCUUGAUUGGAUACUUGAAAAUCCACACAAACGACCAAAACCAGUAGCUCAAAGAAAACAGCUGUCUCACUUGUACUCUGGAGGUUCUAUUUGCAAAGAAACUGGUAAACCAAGACAGACAGAAGUUAAGUUGAAAUGUUUACAGAAUCCUAGUAGCUCUAAUGCAGUUUCAUUGUACUUACUUGAACCUAAGGUGUGCCAAUAUAUCUUGGGAGUAGAAUCACCACUGAUCUGUGAUAUCUUGUCCAAAGCUGAUGAGAAUGGACUAGUUGAAGUAGACAGUACAGAUUUUACAGAGACUGAGAAAACAGCUACUAUUAAUGUAGGCUACUGAAUGUCUAUAGUUGUACAAAGAUUUAGUUUAAGUUAUAAUCAUAGAAUGAAUACAACCGAAAUAUACAAAUAUAAUUCUUGAAAUUUAUACGAGGCCACUCAUAAAGUUCCCAUGAAUUUUAAAAAUAGAAAGCUUUAUUAUUUU